AUGGACCGUUGCCAUCGCAUACUGGACAAGCUAACCAGGGUGCUGCGACGGCACCCAGUCGCCCUGCUACGCGGCUUCGCGGUGUCCUUUAACCCAAACCGUCUCCACGCCCCAAGCGACUAUUUUCACAUUUGUGUCGACGCCUUUGAAAAGCUAAUCGACGUGCCACUUCUGCGCUUCAAUCAAAUCUAUGAGUCAAAAGCGGACUGUCUCGAAUCGUUGACAAUCAUCGAGCGGCUCAUUCGUCAUAUUGUCAAGACUCCACCAUUGGGCCACCAGAAGCGGAUUGUCGCUUUUCGAACAUUCACCCGUAGUUCAGACGCGCGGCGACAGGAGGAUCGUGCUGACUAUCUGCUUGAAAUGGAUUUGAUGUUGAAUAGACUAUGCGAUAGCUUCAAUACCUCACCACCUUCGUCCCCUCUCCAGGUAUACGUGGAUGAGGGCCGUACGGCAAGCCCAACUUGGCGCGCAAUAGACUUUGCCACAGAAACAGGAAUCCGCAUAGUUAUGGUACAAAACUAUUCAUUCGAAGGCUUUCGACAACUCCUGCAUCAGUCGCCAUGGCCUGCACAGCACAUUGCAACGGAACCAAUGAUUCGGCCAAUGGAAGAGCUACUCCUUCGAUGGACCUCCAGCCGCACCAAAAACCAUCCCUACGCUUACCGAGCCGAAAAC